CACGCGCGAGAUAGAUGGCGGCGCGUCAAAUUCAUCGUCUCCACUACAAAGUGGUGCAGACAGACCACUUUGGAGUGCAUUUUAGUGCUCUUCUCUCCGGCAGGCAUGGUGGAUAUUGAUAGAUAUCGCUUUGGUGAAUCGGGGCUGUUAAGGCUGGAAAUGGGAAUCGACAGCGACCCUAGGAUAUAUGGGCGGAGGGAGGUCCGAAAAAUUCGAUGAAUCUUCGAUGAGA